AUGGAAAGGGGUAGACCUGCCGGAAGGAGAAACAAUGAUUUGAUGAGCACGUGGAGAGAAGGAAAUUCAAGAAAUGAUAGUUCAGAUAAUCAUCAAUUUUGGUCAAACAUCGAAAAUCAAUAUUUUUCAAAUUUUGAUAAAAGGAUAAUAACUGCAUUUGAAGAUCAUAUAAAAUGCACUGAUUAUAUAUGUAAUAAAAUAAAAAAUAAAAAAAUAAAAAAAGAAAUAUUUCAAAAUAUUAAAUGCCAAAAAAGUUCGGUUAAAAUUAAAUUAAAUAUAAAUGAUAAAAAAAGUGAAAAAAAAAAUGGCGUAGCAAACAUUUCACAAUAUAUGUUUCAAAAUAAUCAAUUCCUUAAUAAUAAUGCAUUUGGACAGGAAAAUUUAAUUAGUCAAAAUAAUAAUCAGUUUUUAAUAGAUCCUAAAAAUGAUAUAAGAAAUUAUAAAACAAAUAGAAAUCCACUAUUUAACGAUAAACAAUAUAUGGAAAAUGUGGGUCAUAUAAAUAAUAUAGAAAAUAUGAUAAGCAUAAAUAAUAUGGAUAAUCGAUUUAGAGAUUACCCAACAAUGUUUCGUAAUGAAGCGUGUUUUAUCGAUUGUAUGCCGAUGGCAGGUAACAAUUUAUUAUUAAAUACAAUGCACAAUAAUCUAAAAAUAGAAAAAAAUGAAUCAAAUUAUCCUGAUGAUAUGAGUAAAAAUACAAAUUUACCUUCAAUAAUCAAUACUAACGAAAAAAAUGAUAUAAAUCAGACUAAUUUAAAUCAUACUGAUUCUUCUGAUAAUAAAAAUACAAAUACACAGUUUGGUAGUACAUAUACAGAUGUUAACAUUUUUAAUUCUAGCAUCGAUAAUAGUGAUAAAAACAUUGUCAUUACUAAUUUAAACACUGAUCAUUCUAACGAUUUAAUCCAAAAUGAUCAUACAGAAAAAAUUAAUAGUCCCAACAUUAAUGAUCAAACAAAUGUAAAUGAUUCAAAUACUGAAAAUAACGUCGAUAUAACUAAUAAUAAUGAGUUACCAAAAUCAAACGAUAACGAAUAUAACGGAAACAGUAAUGAUAAUAAUAAUGUCGACGCUUUUGGUAAAUUCGAAAAUGACGACAAUGCAAACGGAAACGAAAUAGACGAUUUGCAAAAUGAAUUGGAAAAAAAUAAUACAUCUGUUUCCAAUCGUUCACAAAAUGAAGCAUCCCUAUUCAGUGAAAAUAAAAAUGAUGUCAUCGAAAAUGUCGUUAUGACAUCAAAUAGUAAUGAAGACAAUGACAAGAAAAAUGACAAUGAAGUAAGUGAUUCUUUCUCUAUAAAUAAUAAAGAAGAUACAACUGAUGCUUUAUCAAAUGCACAUGAUUUAUAUAACAAUCUAAAUAAUUGUGAUCCUUGUAAUAAUAAUCUCAUAGAAUAUUCUUCAAUUAAAAACGAAGCAAAUUUUAAUCCUAGCAAUACCAUGGCGUAUGAAAUGAGAAAUAUGAAUAGUGAAAAGGUAACAGAAAAUAUAAAUAAUCUAAGUAAUACCACAAAUGCAAAAGGAAUGGAUUUAUCUUUUAUUUUAAACAUUGGCAAUAAUGAUCACAAUUAUUUUCCUACAUUUAACAAUUCAUUUAAACAAUUUAAUAACAAUACAUAUCCUAAUUCUAUGAGCAAUCCAUAUGAUAAUAAAAUAAAAACAAAUAUGAAUAUCUAUCCAAUGUCAAUGAACAAUUUUAAUCGAUAUAUGCAUUCCUCGAAUGGUGUUCAAGCCACAAAUAUGUACCCUAAUAUAUAUCAAAAUAAUAAAAGUGAUAAAGUUGAAGUGGAUAAUAAUCAAAAUGAUUCUACCAAGCAAUCUUCUAUUGGAAGUAUUUCUACUAAUACUGCAAACAUAAAUAAUGAUUCACUCAAAAUUUUGUAUCAAUAUGGAAAUAAACGAAUGCUUAAAAUGGAUAAUAUUUCUUUAGGUAAUCAUAAUUUUGGAAUAAAUGAAGAAAACAUGUUAUUUAUGAAUAAAAAUAUGACCAUUUAUAAUAAUGGUAUAUAUGGAGAUAUAAUUAAUGGAUCUAAUAAAUCUUUACCUUUUAAUGAUAUGAUGAAUUUUAACAGAGAAAUGCAAAAUUUAAAAAAUAGUAAUUUUUAUCCAAAUGGAUAUUACAAUUUUAAUGAAAUGGGGAAUUAUCAAAAUACUAUGGCAUUCGAUACAUAUGGUAAUGAUAAAUAUUUUCAAAAAUUAAAAAACGAUAAAUCUAAAAAUAAAAGGAAAAAUGGAACAAAGAUGAAAAAGCAUAAUCAAACUGAUGAGCAAGAAAAAACUCACACUAGAUUACGAAAUUCUAGAAAUGAUGGAAAAUUUUUUAAUCCCUUUUUAAAUAAAAAAUAUGAUGGUGUAGGAAGAUUACCAUACAUACAUAAUACGCCAAUUCCUAACGGUUUACAUAUAUCUAUAUAUGUACCCAAAAAUUAUGAUUUUUCUGAAAACAAUGAAAAGCCAAGUAUUUAUGACCAUAAAAUUGAGCAAGUUAAAACAGCAAACAAUUGUGAUAAAAACACAGAUAAUCUUAACCAUUUCGAUGCUAACUCUCUCAAUAACACUAACCAAGUCUGUGAUACAAAAAAAACACCAGAACAAGAAGACACAUACGAAAUAGAGACAUUGGCAAAAUUAUUAACGGAAAUUACUUUAGGGGAUAAGAAAUUUUUAUCAAACAGACAUAUAACAAUGGAAGACAAAGAAAGGUGCUAUAAAUGUUUUUUAGACGAAUUAAAAAAUUAUAAUACAUUGCCAAUUAUAUUAGGCAAUAUAUUACCAUAUUGGAAUAAACAAAAAAAUAAUAAUUUGGUAUACAAGAUUAAAAACUUAAGAGCUAACAAUGCAAAACCAAAGUAUAUUCCAAUUCAAAAUGUGAACAAAGUUUUAGCACGAAAAAAAAUUAAGAAGAAAAAAAUACUCAAAAAAAAAAAAAAAAAAAAAAAAAAAAAAAUCAAAAAAAACGAUAUGACCACAAUUUUACAUAGUGAGUCAAAUUUAACUGAACAAAAUGCUUUAAAAAAUGAGAAUGUUUCAAAACUAUACAAAACUAAUGAAGAAGUAACUACUGAGCAAAAUUUGCCAACUAAUAAAACUGAAAAUGAUAAUGAAAAAAAUGCAUCUUCACAUAUACAAAAUAAUGAAAAUGAAAAAAAAAAAAAAAAAAAAUCAUGGAGAAGUUUUUUUCUAUUAAAUAGUAUUAGUAGUAGUAAUAAUAAUGCAACUGAUGAUAAAAGUGAUUCGAAAAAGAAUGAUGAAAAGGAUGAUAAAAAGCCACAAUCAGAAGAAGGAAAAGAACUUAUUACAAACGAAAAUAACAAAAAAACAUGUUCUAAUGAUGAAAAAAAUAAUACAGAAAAAUUAAAUGAAAGCAGUACAUCUAAUGAAAAAAAGGAAAAAAUAAUAAAUUUAAAAAAGUCAAAUCUUAAAAAAAAAGCAAAAAAUAAACCUCGUCAUUUGGGAACAUAUGGAAAAAUCGGAUCAUUUAAUUUUUUAAAAAAAUAUAAAUUUAGCAUACCAAAGAAUAGUACGGUUCCAUUUAAUAGCUCUAUAUUUUCUCUGCAAAAAAAUCAGCAUAUGUCAAAUGUUUACUUUGAGUUUAUAUUGACAAAUAUUAAUUUAGAUAAAUAUAAACGCAAUAUAUUAAAUGUAAAUUAUAAUCAUAAUAAUUCUAUUAAUAAAAAAAAUAAAAUACAUUGUAUCAAACUUGCCAAGCUACGAAAUACUAAUGCCAGCAUUUCAACCAAUAGUAAAAGUAAAAAAAAUAUAAAUCAAACUUUGCAAGAUAAAAAAGAAAGCAAUGAAUAUACAACUACAAAAAAAAAUGAAAACACAAUAAAUAGUAGCAGUUAUUUAGAUGGAAUUGUAAAUACAACUAGCGAUAGUUGCUUUGGAGAUUCUAUUUUAUUUACCUCAAAUAAAAUAGAACAAGACAAAUGGCCAAAUUCUGUAGAACAAUCAAAUAACAUUAUUAAUUCAGAAAAUAAUACUGAAAAAAAAUAUAUUGAAAAUGAGGCAAGCACACUUAAUGGAACUGGCGAAGUCGAUGUGUUUUUAAAAAAUAACAAUAACAAGCAUAGCACAUAUAUUAAAAAUAUAAAUGAAGAAAUAUGUGUUUUAUUUUCAAGAUAUAUGUACAAUAUUAAACAACAAAAAAAAAUUAUUGGAAAAUUAUUAGAUAAUAUAAAAAAUGAAAAGAAAAAACCAUAUAAAUAUUGGUACUCAAUAGAAGAUAAAAUGAUUAAUUUUUAUAUAAACGAAUAUUUAAAAAAUAAAUUAAAUACUAAACACACAUAUACAUUAUCAAAACAAAUUGUCGAUUUAUUAAAAUUAAGAGUAACUGUUAAUCAUAGUUCUCAAUUGCCUAAUAGUUGGACUGAAAAGGCUUUAUGUAAUAUUUGCAGCUUAGGUGAAGAUUGGGAUGAUAAUCCAAUUGUUUUUUGUGAUUGUUGUUAUACACCUAUGCAUUCUUUUUGUACUGGAUUCAGAAAUGUUAAAAAUCAAAAUAUAAUAAAAAGAAAUCCAAAUAUGUCUGAUAAAGGAGAUUCACAAAAUUGUGAUAAUGAAAAAGAAGAAAGUUCGAAAUAUAAAAAUAAUAAUUAUAAAUAUGAGCCCCAAAAUAAUGCAUAUAAUAAUACUAACGAAGUUAAUAAUAAAAAUGAGUACUAUCAACAAUAUAAUAAAGAAGGACAAAUUACAAAAAAUUAUUUUAAUAAUAAUGGAAAAAAUAAUUAUAUCCAUAGUGAUAUAAAUAAAGAUGGGGAUAAAUACACAUUUGAUAACGACAAUUGCUCUGGAAAACAUGGUAUUGAUAAAAAAAAAAAAAAAAUUAAUUUAAAUGUUAUAAAACAUUUAAUGGAGGAUAAUUUUAUUAAACUAAACUCUCCAAAUAGUAUGUUCAGUUCAAUUGUAAGUAAUAAUAAUGACGAAAAAAAUGAUAAUGAAAAAAUGGAUAGUGAAAAAGAAGAUAGCCAAAUAAAUUAUGCUAUAUUGGAUACCCAAUUGAAAAAUAAUCAAAAUAUGAAUGUAAAAAAUGGGCACGAAAACAGAGAAGAUGAAUGCUAUUAUAAAUGUGGGCGAAGUGACACAAACAGUGAUAAUAUUGAUGAAAAAAAAGAAUCAUAUUUAGAUAUUUCUAUAUUUACACAUGAUAAAGAAGAAAUAAAAAAUGAAAAUGAGGAAUCGAACCAAAUAAAAAUGGAAAAUCCAAUUAUCGUACAAAAUAUAGGUCAACCAAUUGAGCCAUCAAACAAUAAAAAAAUAAAACAAGAAACAAAUAAAUUUUCUACAGAUGUGGCCAAAACUAAUACUAGAUAUCCAUCAAAUACAGAAGAAGAACAAUGGAUAUGCCCACUUUGUUCUUAUUUAAGAAAUCAGAUAUUGUAUAUUGAAGAUUCUGUUGCAUUUAAAAUUAUUAGACAUUUAAGCGGGCCUCAAAAAAAAAAAGAUAUUGAUUUAUUAAUUAAAUCAUGCAAUGAGUAUACUAAUGAAAAUAAUAAUAACACACAGGAGUCUGAUGAUACUGCUAAUAAUGAACAAAAUAAUAAUAAAAAUCAAGUUGAUGAUAAAAAAAAAAAGGAAACAUUUUCUUAUACACCUCCAGAAGAAAUAAUUUUUCAAAGAAACUCCCAAAUGCAUACAUAUAAAUAUAAAUCGAUUAUGCUUUUAUUUGAUAUUGAGAAUGAUAUAAAUUAUUAUAUGCUAAAAUAUCAAAUGGAAAUAAAGGAUAGUCAUGAUUUCUUUGAAAAAAUUGUUCUUAAAAAUCCGAAUAUAUAUAAAUAUAAAAAUAUUUUUAAUACUAUUAUGGUUAGUAAAAUUGAUAAAGAUAAUAAUUAUACGAAAUUUUUAAAUGAGAAUAUUAAAUUGUUUAGACAAGAAUCUGUUUAUAUUAAUCCAAAUUUUGAAGAUAGUGAUUCUGAUGAUACAGAAUAUGAAAAAAAAAAAAAAAAAAGGGGUCGAAAACCUCUAUUAAAUAAAAAUGAAUAUUCUAAUAAUAAACUAUAUCAUGAUAAAGUUUCAAACAAAUGUAUAAAUAAAAAAAAUAAAAUACAAUCAAAACAAGCUAAUAUAGUUAAUAAACCACCAUAUAAUAAAAAUAAUAACGUCACUUUAGAUGCUAACGGUAAUGUAAUAGUUAGAAAAAGAGGAAGGCCACUUGGAAGCACUAAGUUAAACAAAAUGAAAUUGCUUGCUCUUAAAAAUAAAAAUAUUACAAAAUCUGAAAUUACUCCAAAUGAGAAUCAUGAAUUUACAAUUCAGGAAAAUAUGGAUGCUUCUAUAACUACUGGCCAAAAUUUAUAUACUUCGGAUUUACCAAACAAUCAGGUAAAUAGCUUUUCUUCAAAUUUGAAUGAAUUAGACAAUAUUAAUAAUAAAUCAAAUCAAAAUGAUAAAAAAAAUAAUGAUAACUUAGAUGGUUCUCCAUGUGACAUUAAUAAUGAAGAAGAAACAAUUAAAAUGAAUUUUGAGCUAAAAAAGGAAAAUCAAAGUCUAGAUAUUUCUUCUAACAAAAAUAAUAUUGAAUCUGUGAAUUCCACUAUUUUUCUAAGUGCUAAUAAUAAUACAAAUGAAACUAAUAUAAGUUUUGGAUUGGAAGCAAAUGGAGCAUUGCUAAAAUAUAACUAUAGUAAAAAUUUUUCAUUUAUUUUUAAAAUUCCAAUAUGCUGUAUCUGUGAAUUUGGCUCAUUUUAUCAAGGAGGAGGGCCAAUAAAAAGAACAAAGAAAAAAAAUGAAUGGUGUCAUAUCCGAUGUGCAUCAAUUAGUAAUUGCAUAAUAGAAGACAAAAUUGAAAUUUGUAAUAGAGAAAGAAAUAAAUAUAAAUGUUCAUUAUGUUUACGCACUAAUAAUAUAGGUAUAAUAAAAUGCAAUGUUGCUGAUUGUUAUAAAUAUUAUCAUAUAUCGUGUGCAACUUCUUCUAAUAAAUAUCUAAUAGAAUUAAAUGAAAAUAAUAAAUUAGUUUUAUUUUGUUCAAAUCAUUCUCAAAAAAAAGCGCCAACAGAAAUAUUAAGAAAAUAUCAAAUUUUAAGAGAAAAGGAAUAUGCCAAAAAUAAAUUAGAAGAUAAAAUAAAUGUUGGAAAAAUGUUUGAUGCAUAUACAUUACAAAAUUAUUUAAAAAUAAGUGACAUGAAAUUAUUUAAUCUUUUAUCAUUAUCUUCUUUAUCUAUAUUCAAAGAUUCUGUUUAUUUCAAUUAUGAUCAAUUUAAUCAAACUAUGAAAAAUUAUUACAAUAAUAAUAAUUAUAAUCCAAAUGAAGAUUUUACCGACCUUUGUCAAAAUUUUGAUCAGUAUUUAUUAGGUGAAGGAAAAGUUAUUUUUGACAAUUCAGGAUUAACUAAAGCUUGUAUGAAAAAAUCACUAAUUAAAGAAAACGAUGAUUUAAAUUCUGAAGCUAAAAAUGAAAAGGAUCAGAUAGAUGUAAGUGAUAAUGGAACUAAACAAAUUUCUAUUAAUGAAAAAACUGCUCAAGAUGCAGAACGUGAAUAUGUUGAUAAAAUUAGAGAACUCGAUAAUAUUAAGGAAGAAAAUAAUAAAGCAGAAAAUCUUUCCCAUGCACACAAAACUGAACAAAAAGAAAAUAAUAAAAAUGGCUAUGAUGGUGAAAAUAUGCUUUUGAAGUUAGAAGAAACAAAUAAAGUAGAAAAUAUGCCCAUAGAUAUAUUCGAUAUAGAAAAUAUCAAUAAAAUAAGUACUAGAAAAUGUAAUAAUAUUAUAAGUAUAAGUAGUUUUAAAAAUAUAUAUAAUGAAAAUUUACUAGAUGAAGAUUCUUUAUUAAAAUUAAUAAUAUACGACUUUUUAAAUCUUCAAAAAGAUAUACAAGAAUUUAAUAGUAACAUAUUAAGUGAUAAAUAUAAAAGAUUAAAAAAUUUUGAGACUAUAUUAUUAUUGUAUCCACAUUUUAAUGAUUAUCAAUUGAAAAAAUUAUCCGAAUUAAUAUUAGAAAAAUAUAAUUCAAAUAUUCUAAAUAUAAAAACAGAUGAUUCAUUUUUCGCAUUUUUUAAUAAAUUUCUUUCAUUGUUGAAUAGCAAAAAUCUGAUGAUAUGCAGUGUUUGUUUGUCAAAAGCAAUUUAUACUGAAACUCGAAAAGACGCAAAAAAAAUGGAAACUGAGGAAAGUCACAGUUCCAUAAGCACUUUUAAUAUUGAUAGCCCAAAUAAUUCCACUAAAACUACACUUAAUGAAACAAGCCAAUUAAAACGAAAAUUGAGAGGUACUUCUAGCAAUAUAAAUGAUAGUUUUGAAAAUAAAAAAGAAAGAAGAUUAGGAUCAUUAAGCGUUUUAAAAAAAUGCUCACAAUGUAAUGUAUUUAUAUGCUACUUUUGCUGUCAUAGAAUGAAUAUAGAUAUGAUUAAAAAUUAUAUAAAUAAUGAUAUCAAAAUGAAAUCAAUUGAAAUUGCAGAAAAUCUUAAAAAUAAAGAUACAAUUCCUCGCCCUCAUGUACGCACAAAUAAAGUUGGAAGGCCAUGUAAAAAUCCUCUCAAACUACUUGCAGCAACAGCAGUCAAUUCUUCUAUAACUUCAUUAGCUCCCAAUGCGAAUAUUCCAACGAGUUCUGAAUUAGGUAAACCACUUGAAUCAGCCAUAAAUUCCAAAUUAGAAAAUAACGAAAACUGCCAAAAUCAAUCAAAUGCUUUGAAAAAUGAUUCAAACAAUCUUAAUGCUCUAAUCAAUGAACCUUCAAAAGAUAAUCUGAAUUGUGAUGUAAAUGAAAGUAAAGAAGUAACAGUUCAACAAAAGGAACAACAAAAUGGUGAUAGUCAAGGUAUUAAUAAUGGUACAAACAAUUUAGAUGCAGACAAAAAUACGGUAAUUGUGAAAAAAAAUAAACCUGGAAGAAAAAGAAUCGAUCCUAAUAAUAAGAAUAUCAUAUUGAAAAACACUAUUCCUAAGAAUAAUGAAGAAGAAGAAGAAUUUAUAUGCCCAAGAUGCGAAUAUUUCAAAAUAAAGAAAAAAAUUGUUUUUUGUUCUUAUUGCCCAAGAUUAGAUGGAUUUUUAAACUGUUUUGAAGAUAAAGUAAAAAAAGAAUUAUUAUUUGUUCAUCCUAAAUGUUUAGAAUAUGUUAAUACUGCUUAUUCAAAAAAAAAUAAUAUUAAUGAAACCAAAGCAGGCGUUUUAAAAAAAGUAUGCAGCUAUUGUAGAAUAAAACAUGGUAUAGUUAUUACAUGUAGUAAUACAGAUUGUGAUGCUUCCUUUCAUAUAUCUUGUGGUAUAUUAUUAGGAUGUAAAAUGGACAAUUUUUUUGGAAGAGUCGAUAUAUAUAAUCCUAAAAAAGCUUAUUGUUUUAAACAUACAUUUCAAAGCUGUAAAAAAAAUACAUUAACUAAUUUUAUUAAUACAAAUAAAUUAUUUUACUUUGAGAAUUUUUUAUAUUUUCCAUUUAAUCAUUUAUAUAACUUCUUAUUGGGUACAUAUAUAUUUAAUUAUUUAAACAAAAAAUGCAUAAAUCAUUUAUUAAAGCCUAUCAAAAUAUCUGACCCACCAUCUAUAAGUGCAAUAUUUGAAAAAACACAAUUUAAUAAUAUGAAAAAGAAUAUGAUGAUACCGUUUAAUGAUUGCAGAAAAACAAAUAAAGACAAACAGGGUCUUAAUAGCGAAUUCGAUUCCUCACAACCCAAUGCAAAUAUAUACAGCAACGAUAUUAUUAACAAUUCCAAUAUGUCCCAAAAAAUGUUCAAAUCAAUGGGUUAUAAAAAUGAAGUAAACUCUGUAUUAUCUCCAUCAAUGAACCCAUUAAUGAAUAUGCAUCCUGACUAUAUGGUAGCAAAUAAUUAUAAUUUAUUAGAUCCUAUGAAUAAACUAAAGGAAAAUGUGUUAAUCUCAGAUAAAAUAAAUAUAAUGAAUAUCCCAUCGAAAUAUUAUAAAAAUAGCUAUUUAAUGCAGCAUCCCCAUAAUAAUAAUAAUAAUAAACAAGAUAAAAAUAGUCGUGGAUUUAUUGACGAUGAAAUAACUGGAAAUACAAUGCCCACACCAGAACAAAAUGAUAAUGAUACAAUGAAGCAAUUUCCAAAUUAUGGUUUUAAUUCCAGAUCUAUUGAUAAUAAUAGCCUUAUGUAUUAUAAUAAAAAAAUAGAAGGUAAUUCUAAUAUGCUUCCAUUUUUCAACAAUAAUAUGGGUGCAUUAAAUCAGCAAAACUUUUAUAACUAUUAUGGCCAUAAAUAUGAAUCAAAUAUAGAUAAAAAUAAUAUUUUGACCAAAAAAGGAAAUAAAAAUAAUGGCAUUAGAAGGAAAAGGAGAAAAAUGCAGCAAGAUAGUGCAAAUCCAUACAAAAAAAUUAAUGCACAAAUUAUGAACCCAUUAGAAAAUAAUAAUGAUACAGAAACUCCUGUACAAGUAAAAAAAAGAGGUCGAGCUAGAAAAAAUAAAAACCUCAAUAUUGAUAACUCUAAUUUAGAUAAUAUAAACCAUUAUAAGCAAUCUUAUGAUAACCCAAAAUCAUAUUUAAAACAUGAUUUUAUAAACGCAACUAAAAAUUAUAGUAAAUACAGCCAAUACGUGGAUAAUGAUAUUAAAGAAUUUGAUACAGAUUUAAUAAAAGAUGAAAAAAUAUAUACACAAAAAAAUGAAAACGAUAUUAAUGAUGGCCAAAUAUAUUGCCCAGUAUGUAAAUUUGUUUAUGAAGAAUUAAGUGAUGGUUCACCAGCUGAUGGAUUAAAUUGGAUUGGAUGUGAUAAAUGUGAAAGAUGGUAUCAUUGGAUAUGUUGUAAAUAUUCUAUUGACAAUCCUCCGGAUAUGGAAAACGAUUGGUAUUGUAGUAUGUGCUUAAACAGCUAA